GCGGGCGGGCGGCGAGGUGUGGGCGGCACGUGGAUGGUGGCAUGCUGGUUGCUUGCAUGCGGGGCGCUGGCUGGUCGGAGGUGGCGGGGCGCUGGCUUCUUGCAAGUUGCGAGGCGCUGGCUUCUCGCGAGUGGCGAGGGGCUUGCUUCUCGCGAGUGGCGAGGCGCUGGCUGUGUGAGUGCAGCAAGGCGAUGGCUGCUGGCGGAGGGCGAGGCGCUGGCAACAGGUGAUACACAUACGGAUAUGUAAACGGCCUGUAGUGGCAGCAGGGGGUCUGGAGUGUAGUUUCUGGCUGUGAAGCAGACCUUUCUUUGUUUGCGUGGGUGUUUUGCUGGCUUAUGAUGGGGUGUGAACCUGCCGUCUGUAGAGUUUUCCGUCUGGUGUCGAUGAGUGAUAGUCUGCUUUUUAUACAGCCUCUAGUGGCAGCAGGGCGUCUGGAGUGUAGUUUCUGGCUGUGAAGUAGACCUUUCUUUGUUUCGUGGGUGUUUUGCUGUUUGCUGGCUUAUGCGGAGUUCUGAAUCAGCAGUCUGUAAGGUUUUCCGUCUGGUGUGGAUGAGUGAUAGUCUGCUUUGGUGUGGAUGAGUGAUAGACUAAGUCUGCUUUGGUCUUUUGUCACAGGUAACCUUGAGGGCAGUGAUUGAUGCCCACCGCAGGAUAUCAGUUGUCAGGAAAGUCGUUUGGAUAACUGCAAGUGUGGCCCUGUUUUUCUCUGUUGACAUGCCAACAGCAUGCCAUAGCUGCUUAGGAGCUUGAAGGUAACAGAGGGGCGUUGAUGUGGAGGCGGCAGCGAUGAUGGACGACGCAAUAGAACCGCCGCACGUGUCACUUCUAGAUGUUGUCCUGGAGCGCAUCCAGAAAGAGGGCAAGAAAGUGCUGCUGGCCCGGGUGGUAUACAUUGCUAAGACGGGUGGUAAGGAGAGCAACAAGACGCAGCAGAUUUCGUUCCACGAGGAGUUGAUGAACAAGGUGAAGGGAGACAGUGGGGAGAAGGUCACUGGCAUGCUUCUUGUGUUUCCCACAUGCUGCGUCCAUGUGAUGGAAGCUGAGACGAAAAUAGUCCUCGACAUAUUGCGUGAGCUGCUGCACACGUGGCAGCAGCAGCAGCAAGCAAAGACACGGGUUCUGGAUAUGGUCAAGAUCGUGUCUUUCACAGAAGACAUACCAGGUCGAGCCUUCCCGACCUGGAUGUCCGCUUUCCUCUCCUCUUCCAACGCGGGACCUUACGAAGCGGAAGAAGAGGCCAAAAUCUUGGCUAUGGCGUGCAAUCUCAACAUCAGCAUGGUCAAGCUGGGGACUUUGUUCUCCGAAAUGAGCAAGCCGCAGCAAAUAUUCGCCCUCGAUAACCUCAAAUCGACGGCUGGAGAUCUCCUACCCAAAGGGCCGGAAGUGAUUUUCGGUAUGCUUCUCUCCGAGGAGACGCCUACCCUGGAGGAGUUCAUGGAAAUUUAUGAUGACCCCAUCAACGUGGACCUCGACUCCGAAAACGUGUGGCCGAUGGCCCAGCCUCUCAAGUUCGAACUCUAGUCAAGGAUUGACAAACCAUUGCGGGCCCUCGAUAACCUGAAAAUAGACGGCUGGACAUCUCCUACCCGAAGGGCCGAAAGCGAUAUUCGUUCGGUAUGCUUCUCUCCCACGAGACGAGACGCCUACCCUGGAGGAGUUCACGGAAAUUUAUUACGACCCCAUCAAUGUGGACAUCCACUCCGAAGACGUGUGGGCUGAUGGCCCAGCCUCUCAAAUUUGAACUCUAGUCAAGGAUUGACAAACCGUUGCGGGCCCUCGAUAACCUCAAAUAGACAGCUGGAGAUCUCCUACCCAAAGGGCCGAAAGUGGUUUUCGGUAUGUUUCUCUCUGACGAGACGCCUACCCUGGAGGAGUUCAUGGAAAUUUAUGAUGACCCCAUCAACGCGGAGCUCAACUCGGGAAACGUAUGGCCGAUGGCCCAGCCUCUUGAGUUCGAACUCUUGUCAAGGAUUGACAAACCAUUGCGAACCGGACGUCGAUCGCUGACUCGCUGGAUGGGGCGGUUGGUGGUUUUGGGAUGGGUAGUAGUGGAUUCAACCACAGAGUCAAGUAGGAAAAAGGCCAAGUUGUAUUUAUUGAAGCAUCCAAAAGACCGCCCGGCCCUAGCUCAGUUGGUACACCCAUGAACUGUUGAAAUACAGACCCACCUUCGAAUCCAGAUGAACACUGAACAGAAUAACAUACGAAAGAGCACCAACAGCCCGAAUGAUGCAGAUGGAGCAGAUCAACGGUCAGUCUGAAACAGGUUGACUUGUCAACGUUCACCCGAUUGAUCAGGUCCACUAGGGAUCUGAGGCCGUAUGCCUCUGUGAUAAGACCAGACAAUGGGCAGUCUGAAACAGGUUGACCUGCGAAGCGUUGACCGGAACGAUGGCUUUCUCUAGGGAACACCGGCCGCGUAUAUCCCAGUCAGACGAGAUGACAAUGCAAAAGCUAAUGCCAUA